AUGACCAUUUUCUUGUUAUGGCGCAUAAGCACACCAGAAGCAGAACCAGAUCAAUUAGCGCCAAUAGCAAAGCCUGGUUGUGAAACGCAUUGCGGAGAUGUUAGCAUCCCGUACCCUUUUGGGAUUGGACCUAGCAGCAGCUGUUACAUGUAUGAUUGGUUUGAAAUACACUGCGACAACUCUACCAGCCCUCACAAGCCUUUCUUGAGGGCUGCGAAGCUUGAGGUGCUGAACAUCUCUAUUGAAGGCACACUUCUGGUUAAGAACCCUGUUACUUUCUUUUUCAACAGAAGAAAGACCCCCCAAGCACCGAAUUUGAUGGGAAGCCCUUUCUUAUACUCUCAGAAAUACAACCGGUUCACAGCAGUGAGUUGUGGCUUCUUUGCCUUGGUAAGGUCAUACCAUGACCAGCGUGUUGUUGGCGGCUGCAUGUCAACUUGUGAUAAGAGUGCUGAAACUGCACACAACCAUGGAUGCAGAGGCAUUAACUGCUGCCAGACUACCCUUCCCCAAAAUCUCAGCGUGAUUGAGACUGAGAUAAAAUCUGAAUCUGAAGAAAGUUCUACUAGUGGAAAUGACCGAAUGUUGGCUCUUUACAACUAUGCAUUCCUUGUGGAGCACGAUUGGUUUCAGAACAAUUUAUCAAAUUUUAGAGACGUCAAGGACAUGGACAGCGUUCCGGUUGUGCUUGAAUGGAGCUUGAGCUUGGCGAACAUGAAUAGUUCGUUAAUCAAAUUAUUUGAAAGUCAAGGCUUCAAUGUUUUUGUCCCCUCGGCUUUCAAGGUAGUCCCUAUCUUCUCCAACCCUGUCAAGGGCUCGUUGAAGAGGUGGAAACCAUUUGUAGGUCUUGGCAUGGGUCUUGGAUUGUUGUUACUAUUUCUUGGUGCAUGGUAUGGUGCAUGGCAUGUAUAUAAAGUCAUAAAGAAAAGGAAAGACAUCAAGCGCAAGGAAAUAUUUUUCAAACGAAAUGGUGGUUUGCUGCUAGAAAAACAAUUAUUGUCAGGUGAACACAACGUUGAGAAAGUCAAGUUGUUCAAGUCGAAGGAGUUGGAGAAGUCCACUGACAAUUUUAACAUUAAUAGAAUUCUCGGCCAGGGAGCCCAAGGAACUGUUUACAAAGGCAUGUUGACAGAUGGAAGAAUCGUUGCUGUGAAAAAGUCUAAAAUAGUGGAUGAAGGCAAACUUUCGGAAUUUAUCAAUGAGGUUGUGAUUCUUUCACAAAUCAACCACAGGAAUGUGGUUAAAAUAUUGGGAUGUUGUUUGGAGACUGAAGUUCCUAUUUUGGUCUAUGAAUUCAUACCUAAUGGAACGCUUUCUCAGUAUAUCCAAGGGAAAAUUGAGGAAUGUUCACUUACAUGGAAAAUGCGCAUACGAAUUGCGACAGAAAUUGCUGGAGCUCUUUUCUACUUACAUGGUGCAGCCUCCUUUCCAAUUUUUCAUAGAGACAUCAAAUCUUCCAAUAUACUCUUAGAUGAGAAAUACAGAGCGAAAGUUGCUGAUUUUGGAACUUCACGAUCAAUUGCCACCGACCAAACUCACUUAACAACACUUGUAAAUGGCACGUUUGGUUACUUGGACCCGGAAUAUUUCCAAUCAAACCGAUUUACGGAGAAAAGUGAUGUGUAUAGCUUUGGAGUUGUCCUUGUUGAGCUCUUAACAGGACAAAACCCAAUUUUUGCAAUAGCAGGGUCACAAGAAGAAGACUACACAAGUCUUGCUACAUACUUCAUCACAUCAAUGCAAGAACAUCGUCUAUUUGACGUUGUUGAUGCUCGAGUUUUGAAGGAAGGAUCAGAAACAGAGAUCAGAUCAUUUGCUAACCUUGCAAGAAUGUGCCUAAAUUUGAAUGGGAGGAAUCGUCCUACAAUGAGAGAGGUUACAGCCGAGUUGGAGGCCCUCCAAAUCUCCCAAAAAAACUUCUAA